UCUGGUUGUCAUGUGUUUUGACAUGUAGGUGGAUAUCGCACGAGUAUCGGCUUUAAGGUUAGAUCCAGAGACACCAACACCAUCUCCUUGGCAAUUCCAUUCACCAGCACUUCCAACCAUCUGGGAUAUGGCAACCCCAAGUGACUUCCUCGAACUCGACUACCACCAGGUCGACGCAGCUACCACACAGGAGAUAAUCCACAAACGACUGCUUCCAUUCGCCGACACUGAAAUUUUCCGAUGCAAGAUAAAAUCCUCAAGGAAGCUGACCCUAGGCGACGAUGUCAAACCAAAAUACGAAGUGGUUCUAGAUACCAAAGGAAUCGAUCACGCAUUUAGACCUGGAGAUUCCAUCGGAGUAAUUUCGAUCAAUAAUAAGGAAGAAGUCGAGAAGUUAAUUUGCAGGUUGAAUCUUCUCGAAAUCGCCGAUAAAACUUACAGUUUAAAGAUAUUGAAGAACACGCAAAAGAAGAAACCCGUUCUUCCACCGCAUAUACCAAUAAAAGGAACACUCAGAGAUGUUCUUUUGAAAUUCGUGGAUAUUAGGGCUGUACCCAAGAAAACGUUCCUACGCGCUUUGAUGCCGUAUUGCGAUGAGUCCGAUAGGGAUUUGUUGAAACCGGCAAGCGAUUUAAAAUCCACAACUUAUGAAGAUUUCAUCACCAAUAAAGCGCGUACUCUUUUGGAUAUGCUCGAAUCGUUGCCAUCGUGCAAUCCGCCUAUGGAGCGACUUUUGGAACACCUUCCGCCUCUCCAUCCCAGGUUCUAUUCAAUAGCUUCAUCGCCGUUGAGAGAAGAGGAAUUGCGCUUUGCCUUUUCUUUAGUCGAUUGCGGAAAAGUCAAAGGUGUUUGCACUGGUUACCUAGAAUUGAUUUUAUCCGUUGAGAAUGAAGAAAUUGAAUUUUACUUUAGGAAGCGUAAUGAUUGUUUGAACGAUUUCUACGCUGAUGAUUGUAAAGUGAUUCUUAUUGGACCUGGGACUGGGGUUGCUCCGUUCAUUGGAUACUUGGAGGACUUCGCGUUGGAUAGGAGGAGCUUAAGCGCUGUUUUGUAUUUUGGUUGUCGUUACAGUGACAAAGAUUUCAUCUAUAAAGAGGAGAUGGAUGGGUUUUUGGAGAAGAAGGUUUUGUGUGAGAUUAACGUGGCUUUGUCGCGUGAUAACAAGGAAUACGUGCAAGAUGUCAUUGCUAAGCAUGGAGAAGCUGUUGCAAGGAAAUUGAUGGAUGAAGAGUACAGAGUUUGGAUUUGCGGUAGUCGAGAGAUGGCAAAGGAAGUGCAAAGCGCUAUAGUUAAAAGUUUUGUUGAGUUUGGUGGAGUGGAUGAGAAGGAGGCUUUAGAACUUGUUGUUGGAAUGCAGAAGCGAAACAUGUAUGUUGUUGAUGUUUGGACGUAAAUAAAGUAGGCAACUUUUUAAACAUGUCUUUAGAUU